AUGUGCUUCCUGGGGGCAGUGCCCAUCCCACGCCAGCUGAAGAGAGUGGCAGAGGAGGGCGAAGGGUGCCGCGCCCCGCGCACCCCUCAGCGCCCGUCUCUCCCGGCAGCAGAGCACCGGCUGCGGUUCCAGGUGCAGCUGGCGGACGUGGAGGUGGCCGAGCGGGAGGACGCCGUGCUGGAGUGCCAGCGCCCGUCUCUCCCGGCAGCAGAGCACCGGCUGCGGUUCCAGGUGCAGCUGGCGGACGUGGAGGUGGCCGAGCGGGAGGACGCCGUGCUGGAGUGCCAGGUGCCGCUGGAGACCAUCCCCACCACCUGGUACCUGGAGGACAGGGAGCUGCAGCCCAGCCACAAGUACCUGAUGGAGGAGCGAGGCGUGGUGCGGCGCCUGACCAUCCGCGAUGCCCGCACCGAUGAUGACGGCAUCUACCUCUGCCAGAUGAAGGACAAGGGGCGCAGCAUCGCCGAGGUCUCCGUCCGAGGGGUCAUCGUGAAGCGGCUGCCACGGAAGCUGGAUGUGAUGGAGGGGGAGAACGCGGUUUUCUGCGUGGAGACGCGGGAGGCGUCGGAGGGGAUCUGCUGGAGCCGGGACGGGCUGCAGCUGCAGGAGUCGCCCUGCACGGUGCUGAAGAGCUUCGGCAGGACACACCUCCUGGUGCUGGUGCACGUCACCCGUCAGGACGCCGGCAUCAUCUCCUUCACCGUCGGGGAGUCGCAGACAUCCUCCCAGCUCCGGGUCAAGUGCGUGAAGCGUGACCCCCCGAGUGCACCGGUGUCGGCCGAGAUGAGCGCAGCAGAGAGCAGCACGGCCCUGCUGACGUGGUGCCCGGCACCCGACGCCCACCUCCGCCCCCCCCGAGUGCCCCGGUCCCCAGCAGCUCGCCUGGAGAGGGGUCUGCGGGACGUGAGGGUGCGGGACGGCGAGGACGCACGGUUCUCCCUGGAGCUGUCGGCAGCAGUGCGCGGUGCCUGGUUCCUCAACGGCGCCAGGCUGGGUGAGGAGGAGGAGGAGGAGGAAGAGGAGGUGGGUGGCCGGUGCAGCAUGCAGUGCCGUGGGACCGAGCACUCACUGCUGAUCCGAGGAGCACGGCUGGCUGACAAUGGGGCCCAGGUCACCUUUGUGUCCGGUGGCGUGCGGGACUCGGCCACGCUGCACGUGCAAGCUCCGCAGGUCCACAUCGCCCGGGUGCCCGAGGCCGAGAAGCUCCGGGAGGUGCCAACAGGGCUGCCCGUGCUGCUGGAGUGCCAGGUGUCCCCCCUGGACGCCCCCGUCUGCUGGCUGAAGGACGGCGAGGCCGUGCCCCUGGAUGAUGUUAUUGCCGUGCAGGCCGAGGGCUGCGUGCGGAGGCUGCUCCUCCGCUCGGCGGGUCCCUUGGACACCGGCGUGUACACCUGCGACGCCGGGGAUGACUCUGUGAGCUUCGUGGUGACCGUGACCGAGGCACCAGUGAGGAUCGUCGGCUCCAACGAGGAGGAACCCCACGCCUACGUGGCCGGGCAGCGCGUGGAGCUGUGGUGCCAGCUGUCCCGCCCAGCAGCCCCAGUGCACUGGUACAAGGACGGGGAGGAGGUGGAGGCGGGCGAGAGCCUGGUGCUGGAGCAGGAGGGGCCGCGGUGCCGGCUGGUGCUGCCGUGUGCCCGGCCACAGGACACGGGGGAGUUCGUCUGCGAUGCCGGUGGGGACUCUGUCUUCUACAAUGUCACCGUGGCAGAGGCACCAGUGAGGAUCGUUGGCUCCAACGAGGAGGACCCCCACGCCUACAUGGCCGGGCAGUGUGUGGAGCUGUGGUGCCAGCUGUCCCGCCCAGCACCCCCAGUGCACUGGUACAAGGACGGGGAGGAGGUGGAGGCAGGCGAGAGCCUGGUGCUGGAGCAGGAGGGGCCGCGGUGCCGGCUGGUGCUGCCAUGUGCCCGGCCACAGGACACGGGGGGGUUCAUCUGUGACGCCAGGAAUGCGUCUGUCUCCUACCACGUCUUGGUGGCAGAGCCACCUGUGAGGAUCCUGCACCCUCCACAGCGCUCGCUGGAGCUGCCGGUGCGGGCGCCGGGGCGUGUGGAGCUGCGGUGCGAGCUCUCCGUGCCGGAUGCUCCUGUGCGCUGGUUCAAGGACGGGCUGGAGGUGGACGAGACCGAUAACCUGCUGCUGCUGGCAGAGGGGGCCUGGCGCUGCCUCCUCAUCCCCAGGAGCAGCGCGGAGGACACGGGCGAGUACAUUUGCGAGAGCAAGGAUGAGGCUGUCUCCUUCGACGUCAAGGUGUCAGAGCUGCCGGUGAGGAUCCUGCAGCCUCUCAGACCUCCCCCCGUCGUGACGGUGUCCCCGGGGGAGACGGUGACGCUGGGCUGCGAGCUGUCCCGCGCAGACGCGCCCGUGCGCUGGGCCAAGGAGGGUGUCAGGCUGGAGGCUGGGGGCAGCCUGGUGCUGGAGGAGGAGGGUGCCCACCGCCGCCUGCUCAUUCCUGCCGCCCGAGCUGAGCACUCCGGAAAAUACGUCUGCGACGCCACUGACGACACAGUGACCUUCACCGUCCAAGUGCUGGACCCACUGGUCAGGAUCCUGGAGAGGGACGUCCUGCCAACCAGCCGGAACUGCCAAGCCAUGGAGGACGUGGUGCUGGAAGUGCACCUCUCGCACGCCCACGGGGAGGUGAAGUGGUACAAGGACGGGGAGAAGCUGCAGGACAUGGGGCGCGUGCGGCUGGAGGAGGAUGGGGCGCGCCGGUCCCUUGUCAUCCUGGGUGCCACAGGCAGGGAUGCGGGGGAGUAUCUCUGCGACACCGGUGACGACAGCAUCGUCUUCUGCGUCACUGUGGAAGCCCCAGAGCCGCCGGUGACCUUCGUAGGUCACACAGCCAUCGGGGAGGCACAGCCCGGAGACUCAGGGUGCUACAUCUGCGACGCCGCCAGCGACCGCAUGGUGACAAGAGUGGAGGUGUCGGCUCGGCCCGUACGCAUUGUCAACAAGGAGGAGGCGCAGAGCCCGCUGGAGGUGCUGGAGGGGGACAGCGUGACACUGGUGGCCCGGCUGUCCCCAGAGAUGGCAGCGGCACAGUGGCAGAAGGACGGACAGACGCUGCGCUCGGGCGGGCGGCUGCUGGUGUGCAGCGAGGGCCCCGCGCGCAGUCUCACCAUCAGGCAAGCGGAGCUGGGCGACAGCGGCAUCUUCAUCUGCGACGCCGGCGACGACGAGGUGCAUUUCACGCUGCGUGUGAAAGAGCCCCCAGUGCUGUUCAUGAACAAGCGGGAGGAGCGGGAGAAGCUGCUGCCUCCAGUCACAAUGGUGAGGGUCCCACGGGACCUGGGGGUCCCGGAGACAGGGGUGGCCAGCUUCGAGUGCGAGCUGUCUCGCCCCAGCGCGGAGGUGAAGUGGUUCAAGCAGGGCGUCCUCCUCCAGCCGGGCAGCAAGUACCAGCUGCAGGAGUCGGGCUGCCGGCGCACGCUCACCAUCCGCUGCCUCGGCCCUGCCGACCGCGGCACCUACCGCUGCGAGAGCCUGCACGACCGCACGCAGGCCAAGCUCUGCGUGGAGCCCCGGAAGGUGUCGAUCCGGACGCCGCUGGCAGACGUGGAGACCUUCGAGAAGGAGACAGCCACCUUCCACCUGGAGCUGUCCCACCCUGGCGUGGCUGGGGUCUGGACACGGGAUGGCAUCCGGGUGAAGCCCAGCAGCACAUGCCGGAUCAGCGCCACGGGCUGCGGGCACAGCCUGACGCUGGAGAGGCUGGCGCUGGAGGAGGGAGACAGCCACCUUCCACCUGGAGCUGUCCCACCCUGGCGUGGCUGGGGCAACCUGGACUGCUACCGCACGCUCAUCAUCCACCGCGUGGGCCCCGAGGACGAGGACUCCUACACCUGCGACGCCUUCGACGACCGCUCCACCGCCCGGCUCCUCGUGGAGGGGAGAUAG